AUGCAGGAAUUCACUGGCGUGUGGGUGAGGGAUCCUUGCAUCCAGAAAGAGGAUUUCUGGCAUGCCUACAUGGAUUAUGAAAUCUGUAUACAUACAAACAGUUUGGCCUUCACUAAGAAGAGUUCCUGUGUGCGGCGGAGAUACAGUGAAUUUGUUUGGCUAAGAAAAAAGCUACAGGAAAAUGCCAUGCUCAUAACACAUCUACCCAAGCUUCCUCCAAAAAACCCGUUCUUCAGUCUCAACAAUGCCAGAGAGAUUGGAGCCCGUAUGGGAGGGCUCAGGACAUUUCUAGAAGAGGUGGUUCACAGCUCGGUGCUGCUUUCCGACAGCUGCUUACAUCUCUUCCUACAGUCCCAACUAAGUGUGAAAAAAAUCGAGGCCUGUGCUGAAGGCCGAAGUCGCUACACUGUGUCUGAGGCCAUUCACAGUUUUGGCUCAGGAAACAAACGCUUUGAAUCUCAAUCUGAAGAGAACAUGGAAGAAGAAGAAGAUAUGCACUGUGAAUCAGAGCGACUGAUUAUUUGCUAA